AUGGACGAAAGGGAAAGUGGUCGGACUAGAGCCAGGUCUGAUUCCCAGACACCGCAAUCACCAGGCGGACGGAACCGGACGGCCAGCGACGCAGACUAUAUCUCGCCGACGAGAAACGCCUUUGGAGCUGAUGAUGGCCAGGAGGGCUCAAACACCCGCCGACAUAGUUCGAUGGCGUCGAGACGCAGCGGCGCCAGUGGAGAUUCUAGCUUGGGUCCUCGCACUACUCUCGCCCAGCGUACUCAGGGCAAGUUCACGCUGGCUGACCCCCAGCUGCGCUUGGCUCAAGAGCCAUUCGUUCAACCGGGAUAUGCGGAUCUGAACCCUUCAUAUGAACAACCGUCUAAUGCCAGACCUGUCUGGUCUCUGGCCAAGCCGCUGCCGCGUGUGGUGCGGACUGGCAUGGUUCCUACGAAGGAAGAGCUGCUGCAGAACCUCGCGAAUGCUCAGCGUCCCACGGAGAACUCACAGCGAUAUGGUCUCGAUGUCAACCCCAAUGAUAUCGAGCAGGGCCGUAUCGAUAAAACCAAUGACCCGCGCAAAAUGGCCGCCCAGGUCGAGGAUGCUCGCCUGCAGCGUGAGAACAACUUCAUGAACAAGAUUCUCAACGGCGAUGGCACUUCGAUGAGACAGACCUCGCGCAUGUCGCGCACUUCAUCCAAACGCGGGUCUAUUGGCGGGAGACGCUCUGCAGGUUGGGAUCAUCCUGCGGACAACCUGUCUACCGUUGAGGAGGCAGACUCUCAACACAACUAUGAGCCUGGAGAGCGUCCCGACUUUGAUGGACCUGAGACUGCGCCAGAACAAGGCAUUGAAGAGAGAUUGGACGACCUUUUGGAUAUUUCGGACCUGGAGAAAAAAGACUAUCCCGAGGACCUACAUCCGCUUGUCCAAGAUCUCGUUGAGGAUGAAGUGCACAACAACCACACCACCUGGUCCGUUAUUCGUACUCACCACCGCGAAGCUCUUGCUGAGGCUCUGGCUGUCUUUGUCCAACUCACCACGGGCUUCUGUGUCGAUUUAUCUGUCACCUGUGCCAACCAGGGUAACCCCAAUACCACGGCCUGGGGCUGGGGCCUGGCUACCAUGAUGGGCAUCUACAUUUCUGGUGGUGUUUCUGGUGCUCAUAUGAACCCCAUUGUCACCAUAGUGCUCUGGUUCUACCGUGGUUUCCCCAAGCGCUUGAUACCCGAGUACUUCGCUGCCCAGUUCCUGGCUGCCUUAUGCGCGGGUCUUUGCGCCUACGGUAUCUACUAUCAGUCUAUCACGAAUUAUCUUAUCCUCAACGCGGACUCCAGUAUCAUCAACAGCUUUGUGACUAAUCAGCGCGAAGCGUGGAUUGGUCCCGCCACGGCUUUCUUCAACGAAUUUAUCGGCACGACCGUUUUGCUCGUUACUGUGUUGGCGCUUGGUGAUGACCAAAAUGCCCCGCCGGGUGCUGGUAUGAACUCGCUGGUCGUUGGAUUGGUGAUCUCCUGUCUGUCUAUGACCUUCGGAUACCAGACCGGUGCUGCGUUCAACCCUGCCCGUGACUUUGGCCCUCGCCUCGCUCUGCUUGCUGUCGGAUUCCCCAGCACCAUGUUCACCAAUCCUUAUUGGUUCUAUGGACCUUGGGCUGGUGCUCUGAGCGGUGGCUUCUUCGGUGCUUUCCUGUAUGACUUCUUCAUCUUUACCGGAGGUGAGUCGCCGGUCAACUACCCAUGGGAGCGUACCGAACGCGCCAUGACCAAGAGUGCAAUGAAAUGGAAACACCGGUUGCACCUCGAUUAG